AUGCAGAGAUCGAUUGCGACUGCGAUUGCGUCAACGGCGAAGGGAUUUCUCGUGAAGAAAGGUAAUUUCGGAAGUUCUCUCUCGAGACGAGGUUUUUCUGGGUUUAGUGAUUAUCGAGAGAAACUGAGAAGUGGGCUUCGCUCUAUAAAGUUCGAAGAAGCGCUUGAUUUGUUCGGCGACAUGGUUUACUCUCAACCGUUACCUUCCAUUGUCGAUUUCAGUAGAUUACUGACUGCAAUCGCCAAUAUGAAACGGUACGAAACUGUGAUCUCUCUCUCCCAGGAGAUGGAAAAAUUAGGGAUUUCACACGAUCUCUAUAGCUGCACGAUUUUGAUAGAUUGUUUCUGUAAAUGCUCUCGUCUCUCUUUCGCUCUCUCUCUUCUCGGAAAAUUGAUGAAACUCGGGUUUGAGCCCAGCAUCGUCACCUUUGGCUCUCUGCUCAAUGGAUUCUGUCGCCGGAAUAGAAUCCACGAGGCCUUAUCUCUCGUUGACACAAUGGAGAAAUCUGGAUAUCAACCUAAUGUUGUGAUCUACAACACUCUGAUUGAUUGUCAUUGCAAGAAGGGUCAUUUGGAUAACGCGUUGGAGCUUUUCAAGAGUAUGAAUGUGGAAGCAGAUGUUGUCACCUACAACACUCUGAUAAGUGGUCUUUGUGAUUGCGGUAGAUGGAGCGACGUGGCUCGGCUUAUGAGAGAUAUGAAGAAGAGGAAGAUGAAUCUUGAUGUCAUCACUUUCAGUGCGUUGAUCGAUGGGUUUUUGAAAGAAGGUAGCGUUUUGGAGGCUGUCGAAUUGUACAAGGAGAUGAUCCAAAGCUCUAUAUAUCCUAACACUGUCACUUACAAUUCACUCAUCAACGGGCUUUGCAACCACGGUUAUAUAAAUCAAGCCAGAAAGUUAUUUGAAUCGAUGGAAAGCAAGCGAAAUGUAGUGACGUAUAAUACUCUCAUAAACGAGUUUUGUAAGUGUAAGAGGGUAGAAGACGGGAUGGGACUCUUCAACAGGAUGGUUUCAGAAGGAUUGGUUGGCGACACGUUCACUUACAACACUCUCAUCCACGGUUACUGUCGAGUUGGUGAACUCAAAGUUGCGCAAGGCAUUUUCGAAAUGAUGGUUUAUUGUGGCGUGGCUCCUGAUAUUGUGACACACUGCAUUCUGUUGCACGGUCUUUGUGUUAGCGGGGAGAUAGAGAAAGCGGUGGAGAAAUUCGAGGAUAUGAGAAGAAGAAGGGAAGAAGAGUGUGUUGGUGUGGUUGCGUAUAACAUCAUGAUUCACGGGCUGUGCAAGAACGGCAAAGUGGAAGAAGCUUGGGAGUUGUUUUGUGAGCUACCUUUGGAAGGAGUGAAGCCUGAUGCGAGAACAUACACGACGAUGAUAUUAGGAUUGUGUAAGAAUGGGCCACGGCGUGAAGCUGAUGAGCUGUUUAGGAGGAUGAAAGAAGAUGGGAUUAUUUGCCAACUGAAUGCACAAGAUGGCACAAGUAAUCAGGAAUUAAGAGUGUUUCUCGGCUAA